GCCGCCGCUGCCAUGCUGCAGAGCUGAGAGACAGAGACGAACCAAAGUUUGAUUUUACCCAAGCUGCUGCCGCAUUUUAUCUUUAUAAAAAUAAAAAAGAGAGAGAGGACGCCUUCCACACGAUCUCGGUUGCUGUGUCGGUGCUGAGCCUCACUCACCUGUUUCCAACUGUGUGAAGAAAAGUGCAAAGAAGAUUUAAUGAAUCAGUAUUCACUAGCCGACGCUAUGACCGACAAGGGAAACUUCACAGUUCCAAAGCUUUCAGAGUCCAAUAUGGGAUUUGGAGUGCUGGGAGUUUUUCUGGGGCUCCUCCUGGAGGUUUCAACCCACGGACCACACAGUCUUCCCCGAACGUCCUGGAAACGCCAAGAUUUGGACCUCCUGGAGUUUUCAGAGCCUGGCAUCUUUAACUACUCGACGCUACUGCUGAGUGAGGAAAGAGAUGCUCUGUAUGUGGGAGCAAGGGAUGCCAUUUUUGAGCUCAACAAGAGGAAUGUGACAGUCAGGAACCAAAAGGUUCAGUGGAGAGUUGCAGAACAUCCCAUGGAGAUGUGCACACGUAAAGGAAAAUCAAGAGAGAGGGACUGCCCCAACUACAUUCGAGUGCUCCAGAUAGUGGAUGACAAGCGGCUUUACAUCUGUGGCACACAUGCCUUCCAGCCUCAGUGUGAUUACUUGAAUCUUGCAGACUUUUCUUUGGAGGGUCGACCUGAAGAUGGCAGAGGAAAGUGUUCGUUUGAUCCUUCGCAGAGCUUUACCGCCGUCAUGGUCGAUGGAGACCUCUAUUCUGGGACAGCUUAUAACUUCUUAGGCAGUGAACCGAUUAUUUCCAGAUAUUCCCCAUCGCAUUCCCUGCUGAGGACAGAGUACUCCACAUCAUGGCUUAAUGAGCCCAGCUUCGUCUUUGCAGAUGUGAUCAGGGCCGAGAAGCACAGAGGAGACGGCGAGGACGACAAAAUCUAUUACUUCUUCACCGAAGUGUCAGUGGAGUACGAGUUCUUUGGCAAGCUGCUCAUUCCCAGGGUGGCUCGCGUCUGUAAGGGUGACCUUGGAGGAGAGCGUACUCUGCAGAAGAAAUGGACCUCCUUUCUGAAAGCCAAGCUGGUGUGCUCCAUGCCGGAGCUCAACUUUGUUUUCAAUGUGGUCCAUGAUGUUUUCAUCCUGAAGGGGAGAGACUGGAGAGACACACUCUUCUAUGGCGUCUUCACUUCUCAGUGGGGAAAUGUGGGCUUGUCAGCAGUGUGUGCCUAUAACAUGACAGCUGUGGAGGAAGUCUUCUCGAAGGGGAAGUAUAUGCAGAAGGCCACAGUGGAGCAGUCCCACACAAAGUGGGUGCGGUAUAACGGCAUCCCUCCGUCUCCACGUCCUGGUUCAUGUAUUAGCAACCAACUGCGUCAAAAAAACAUCAGCAGCUCACUCCACCUUCCAGACAAAACCCUUCAGUUUGUCCGGGACCACCCGCUGCUGGAGGACCCUGUCCUGCCCAUCGGCAACAGACCUCGACUCAUCACCAAGGACGUCAACUACACUCAGAUUGUAGUAGAGAGAGUCCACGCUCUUGAUGGGAACAUUUAUGAUGUAAUCUUCACCGGAACAGAUAAAGGUGUCCUGCACAAGUCUGUGGUGUUUGAGGAAGAUGUCCAUAUUGUGGAGGAGAUCCAGCUCCUGAAGAACUCUGGACCCAUAAAAAACUUGCUACUGUCUUCAGAGACACAGUCAGUGUAUGCUGGGUCGGACUCUGGCGUCAUUCAGUCCCCCACAGCUUUCUGUGGAAAGUAUUCUGCGUGUGAUGACUGUGUCCUGGCUCGGGACCCCUACUGCGCCUGGGACCCCAACACAGCCGCCUGUGUCUGCAUCCUUGAUGCUCCAAAGGAGAAACUCAGGAAGCUGAUCCAGAGUCUGCGUGGUGAUGCAGACAAGUGUCCUUCAGUGUCUUCGGUGUCUUUCAAGGAAUAUCGUAAAGUGUUAGUGAAGCCAGGCAGCUCUGCUGAGCUUCCCUGCAUGGUGAAGUCCAACCUGGCUCAUGUGAUGUGGAAAUCAAACAACACUCUUCUCGACGAGACCUCUCGUUUCCACUUCAUCGGCGAAAACGGGCUACUCAUUUACAGCGUGGCCCCCGAGGAUCAGGGUGACUACCAGUGCUGGUCUGUGGAAUGGGCUCCUGCUGCUGGGAAGAACUUUAGCCGCCUUCUUGCUGGAUACACAUUGAAGCUGGAUCUUCCUCCUGGACCCCCUGCCCAGACAAACCGUGUGGCCACCACAGUCCGCAGCCAGGAGACGAGUAGCGUGCUUCCAGCUGAAGCCUCCUCUAUCGACUCCUCAUCUUCUCUGUCAUCCUCUGGAAGUAGCUCUUGCUCUUCCCUCCCUUCCUCCUCUUCUCCCGCCAAGCCCCACUGCGUGGAGGCUCGGGAGGCAGAGGUAAGACUGUUGCCUCCUCUCCUGAAGGACCAGGCCUGGGGGGUUCACGCCCAGGAGGCCUUCCUGCUCUUCUGCCUCGCCCUGGGUCCAAGCGACAUCCAUGUUCAUUGGCUAAUAAACGGGUACAGUGUGGACACACCAGUAAUGGAGUACCGAAGGCCACUGGGCCACAGGGAGGUGCUGGUGAGCAGCUGGCUUAGAGGGGGGCCGCUGAUCAAGGAAGCGCGUUACCGCUGUGUUGCGGAAGCCAGCACAGGAAGUGACACGUCUGACAUUGACCUCCAUCUCACUACCGGAGAUGAAAACAUUCCAUCCAGGGAUCUGAACCAAUGGAGAGGUGCGCUGACAGAGCAUGAGCAGCUGCUGAAAAGAUGGGAAAAAGCCUGGGAAAGCUGUGAUGGCCACACAACUGGGUGAGCACGUGCUCAUUCUGGUUGUGCACUGGCCUCUCAGUCCUGCUGGACCACUCCUCUGACACUGAACAUUUCCCAAACACAAGUGAAAUGUUUCAGUGUCACCACUUACACGAGAGUUUGAUGGACCAUGACAUGGAGUAUUCACAGCUCUUGCACCCAGCAGGUGCAGACUUCACAUGGCUGCUGUGAUGGUUUUUGGACUCCCUCCAAACUGGAAGGAUUAAAGCCCACUGACUCCUUCAGUCUAAGGAAGCUUGUAGUGGAUUUUUUUUUUUCUGUAUUCACAGUAUAAGACUGCCAUUUUGAAGCAGUGCUUGUGGGGAAACGGAAAAUGCCUUUUUGAAGUUUAUCAGAUUCUGUGGGUCAGUGUCUCUGUUAAACCCAGUUACAGUGUGAUGAUAUUCAAAGUUUUGCCUCUUGACUUCCUUAAAGAACCAGUUUCACUCCCCAAGGCUAUCUUACAGAAGUAUUACUUAAAAGUUAUUCAAGCCUCAACUAGGGUCAAACUGAGAUAAGAAAUUUGCUAUCCAUGUUCAUAGUUUUAUUGCCAGUAUGUCUUACGCUUACAUUAGCUUAAUUAUUUACUUGAAUCAAACAAUACUUUAUUAUAAUAUUCACAAUAUCAAUACAAAGGUAAACAUUCAACAGCCAAAGUUCAGUGUAUUUUGGCACACUCUGGAAAGUUGACCACUUAUUGCGUUUUUUUUUUUUAAAGAAACAUGGUUUUGGUCUUGAAAUGAAUUGUUUUAUUCCUUUCUGAUUUGUAUUGAAUGGAUCGUGUUGAGCAACUUCUGGUUUUCAGAAAUAUUGAAAGCCAGUAGUGUUUUUAUACUCCUAAAAACAAAUGCAUACUUCACAUGUAUGGCUUUUACUGUAAAAACCCAACGAAGUUUGUUUUCACCUUAGAACAAAACACUGAAUGGGGUGUACAUGCUGUUGCAAGGCACCUUCGGCAUAAGACUAUCUAAACUUUAUGAUACAGUACUUUAAUAUUUUUUCUUAUGCAUGUUUUGGAUUAGUCUUGCUGGGGUCUGGAUUUUUUUUUCUUUUUUUUCACCUCACUGAGAAGAUUUAUGUAAUGUAAUUAACACUAAUGCUGCUUUAGUGUUCUUCAUUUUAUAAUAUAAUCUAUCAAAGUUUUUCAAAAGAGAAACUUUUACUUGUAAUUGUGCACUGAAAUAUUGCAACAAUGGUAUUUAUUUGAAUGAAUCCUGCAGCUCUGCGCGUUCCAACUCUGCUGAAUCGCAGUGUACCACAUCAGCAUUUUCCACAAAAAGCAUUUUCUUCCACCUGAAUAAUUUAUUACCAAAUGACUUCUUCUUGUAGAUCUAUUACAGUUUUGGAAAAGGACAACUGUUUCCUAGAAUCUAAGUGCCAAAACAGAUGCUGAUUAUUAAAGAAAUGGAUAAUAGAUUUAAAGGCUGAUGACUAUUCCGUAAGGGAAAAAUACUUUGUGGUGAGGCUUUAUUGUUGUUUUUCACAUUAGAAACUUUGUAUUGAGCUGAGGUGCAUCUGGGAAAAAAUGCAAUUGACCUGGAUAGUGCCUCUGCACAAGUUGCUGUAGUUUCCUUUUGAAUUUUAAACAAAAUAAUAGCACCCUCUUGUGUCCACAAAAAGAAAAUACAAGCAAAAGGGAAAACAUGCUGUAAGCAAAGAAAACAUGGAAAAACUGAAACUGUAUGACAUCAGCACUACUGUCUAAGGAGCGAAAGGGUGACCGUCACUCACAGUACGACUUCCCAAUGAGAAGUGGUGGGAUUGGAUCAGUGUUCUAAACAGUAAGAUAUGAGGCUCUGAAAAACAAUUUGAUGAAAACAUCACAUAACUAGGGAAAAGCAUAAUUAAUUUCUACAGUUAUUUUACGAAGAAAGCUUCUUCCAGUUCCAGGUUCGCAUACCUGGUUCGUGCAUCAUGUAAUGGAUCCAACCUUUGGACUGCUGCACUCCCAGCUGUCUCCACUCACCUUCAAACAUCAAGUGGGAUUCUGGGACAUACUUAGCCAUUUCCCGAGGUAGAACAACAUGCCUGACCAAGAGAAAAAAAAAGACCAUUACUUUUAAUAAAAUAACUAAUUUCCUUAAUGUCAUGAAAAGUACUAAAAAAAAAAUAUUGUAUACAAAUCUGUCCAGUCUGAGAACUUCUACUUAAAAAUGUGGAUAUGUUAUAUUUUCUUGUAAGGCAAUUUUAUGACUUGGGGUUGAAUU